GACAGCCUGUGAUGAGUGCAUCAGUCUUGGACCGGAUGAUCCGCCAUGAAAAGAAGAUUGGUUCCGAGUACAGUACAGCAGAAAACUGCAUAGAGAUACAGUCACUCCAGCAAGCAGCCUUCUUAAUGAACAUUUGUCAUGUGGUUCUGGUGAUACAGGACUGGUUCACGGACACUAGCUUUCUUAGAUUUCUGCUGACUGCCGAGAUGCUGAAACCAUCCUCACCAUCCAGUAACCAUGACAACCCCAAUAGUGACGACUCCUCUGAUUAUUUUCCAAAUCUGGUUUUCAUACAGAACAAAGCAGUGUGGGAUCAUUUUAAUGUGGAAACAUUCAACUCCAUGCAGCAUACACUGAUGAAGGUCUUUGAAACAUCCAAGCUGAAAUACCGAGGGUCAGUGACGAUGGCCGACGGGAAAAUGCUGCCAGGACUCAACCGGAGAUCAGUUACGACAGACGUCAACUUGUACCCUCUGCCCCGUGUCGAUGCCACCAACAAAUCUGAUCAAGAUGCAAUCCUGACCCUGCUGCCCGAGUACAGAGGUUAUCCAAGCUUUACUACGCUGAUCAACGGACUUCGCCAGCAGAUCUACGCUCUCCCCAGAGAACAGCUUACCCACACAACACUGUCAGAGAAAAACUGGUUUCACUACGCUGCUAGGACAUGGGAUGCUGUUAAGAAAUCUCAGUUGAUGGCCGAAUACAACCGUCUUUUACACUGAGGAAUGACAGGAUCCAGAUACCAUGCUGCACCUCUGAUGAUAGAAAGCUUGACCAUCAUUAGAAAGCUUGACCAUAAGUGGGAGUCUUGAUUUCUGGUAAAAGGCUUAACCACGACAGAAAAGAUGGCCUUUGAUAUGCAGUUUGACCAACACGAGAUUGGACAGCAGACUAUGACCUGGCCACUGAUGAAAGAAUUGCCUUCGAUACUCAGCUUGACCAAAGAGUCCAGGGCUUGACCACUGGUAUAAAGAUUCACUAUAAACCAUUGACCAGAAGUGAGCCAGUGCUAUCUAGUCUGACCGACUACAAUCAGUUGUGUAUAAUGGACAGCUGGUCGAGGCAAGGUUUUAGCGUGGGGUGUGCAUUCCCAUCUGGUGGACACAAUCCUAACUAUGUACGAUAAAACAAGUUUACUACAAACAUUGUGACAACAGCUUGAUAAUAAGAAAACAUUUGUUUUCCCUGAUGAGAAAAUAUCUUACAACUCAACACUUUCCGGCUGUAACAAAGUUUCUCUUGGGUCUCCUCUGGUUUAUUAUAAGUGUGUACAAUACGAAAACUGUGACCAAAGAAGUGCUUGAAUUUAAUGUAUAGAUAUUAUCUCUCGCAGUAGUCAAAGUGGAUAUACAUGUAUUCUCAAUUCUAAAAAUUUAUAUGAGACAUUUACCAUGUGAAUUCAUUGCAUUUCCAAUUACACAAAGGACUUUUGACAGUAAACAGUAAUACUGGAAAUUCAAUCUCCCAAAUUCGUUCCAGGAAAUUUUAUCACAAAACUUUGACCAUAUGAAAUGGCAAUGUAGUAUAUGUAAAGAAUCUCUUAACAGUGGGAUAUAGUGUAAAGAUUCUUACAAUAAUUUGUUUUGAACACACAUGCAAUAUUUCUGUCAUACAGAAAAUUGGUAGUACAUGUAUCACUUGGUAAAUUAAUUUAAAAUUGCUAAAUUAUUCAAAGAUCCAAUGGAGAAAUGUUCAUGCAGUAGAAAACUAUAUAUAGUAACUUCAAUUAGGGCAGUCAUGAUUUAGCCCAUAUUAAAGUGCCAUAACCAAUUAAAUUAGAAUACCACUAAAAUAUGUAUGUCUAAUUUAUUGUAGUAAUUCAAUAAAGAUAAACAAGGUAUAUUAUACCCAGGAUUUACAAAACACUUGUCACAAUACAUCAUUGUGUAGGAGCCUAUCUAACAUCAAAGUGUCAAGACUAAAUGUGAAAUCAGUUGUGAUGUCAUGUUUUUGUUUCUUUUUCAUAAUAAAUUUCCUGUGGAAAAAAAC